CCUACAUGGAAAACGCGGGUUUUAAGUGUGGAAAUAUAUUUUAAUUUAUGAAAAGACUUAUCAACAAACGUGUAAAUAUGUAAUUUACACGGCUGUCUAUAUCUCUUAUUAUCAUAUUGUAUUUGCAGUAUCACAAAGGCUAGUCCAGUAUGUAUUCGGUGUGUAAGCAGAUUCACCCGCCAACUGGAAUCGAGCACUGUGUUUACUGCAACUUCUACAACUCGUGGGAGAAGAACUUGAUCAUAGCCGGAGUGAACCAGCUUCACGUCUACAGACUCAACAGCGAGCCAGAGAUUGGUAGCGCAGUUCAAGAUGAUAAACCUACUGAGCGGAAGACGCGGCUGGAGUGUCUGGGAAGUUUCAGUUUGUUUGGUAACAUCAUGUCACUACAGACCGUCAAGUUGGCUGGGUCACAGAGAGAUGCUUUGCUGCUGAGUUUUGCUGAUGCCAAGCUUUCUGUUCUGGAGUACGAUGUCGGAACACAUGAUCUUAAGACGUCAUCUCUUCACCAGUUUGAAGAAGUCGAUCUGAAAGAUGGGUUUUUCAACCCUCAUUUUAUUCCGACUCUGCGUGUGGACCCAGACGGGCGGUGUGCCGCGAUGCUAGCGUUUGGCACUCGGAUGGUCAUCCUCCCAUUCCGUAGAGACGUCACAGUCGAAAACCUCGAUUCUAUCUACGGCGGAACUACUCAGUCAAAGUCGCCAAUCUUGUCAUCAUACAUAAUUGACCUGCGCAAGUUUGACGAGAAAAUAUCCAAUGUCAAGGACUUCCAGUUUCUCCAUGGUUACUACGAGCCAACCAUCUUCAUUCUAUAUGAACCGCUGAUGACGUGGGCUGGACGGACAGCUGUUCGGACAGACACCUGUAACAUCGUUGCUAUUUCUUUGAAUUUACAACAAAAAGUCCAUCCUGUCAUUUGGUCACUAGGUAGUCUCCCCUUUGAUUGCUUCAUGGCCUUGGCAAUACCGAAACCAAUAGGUGGUGUUCUGGUGUUUGCCGUCAACUCUCUGCUGUAUCUCAGUCAAAGUGUGCCACCGUACGGCGUGUCGCUAAACAGCUUUGUCGAUAUCAGUUCAUCGUUUCCUCUGCGCCGACAAGACGUAAAACUGGCUCUAGACUGUACACAGGCCUGUUUGAUUUCCUACGACAGAUUGGUGCUCUCUCUUAAAGGAGGAGAAUUGUUCGUGCUGACACUGGUUGUGGAUGGGAUGCGAUCUGUGAGAAGUUUUCACUUUGAUAAAGCCGCGUCUAGCGUCCUCACUACCUGUAUGUGUUUGUGUGAUGACGGAUUUCUCUUUCUCGGAUCUCGAUUGGGAAACUCGCUCUUGUUAAAAUACAACGAAAAAGCUCAGGAUAAAGUGGAGAAAGUGGAAGCAGACAAAAAAUCUGGUGAACCGGCUGCCAAAAAACGACGAGGGGAAGGUGCAGACCAGCUUGCAUCGGAUGUUUCAGAAAUAGAAACCCUGGACUUGGAGGUGUACGGUACAAGUGAAAAUCAAGGGCCGACCACCAUUGCAUCGUAUGUAUUCGAGGUCUGUGACAACAUCUGGAACAUCGCCCCGUGUGGACAGAUACAGAUGGGAGAUCCUGCCUUCUUGUCUGAAGAGUUCAGCAGUACUCUGGAUCCUGACCUUGAACUUGUCACCACCUCGGGCUAUGGGAAGAAUGGAGCUCUGUCAGUGCUGCAGAGAAGCAUCAGACCGCAGGUCGUCACGACCUUUGAGCUGCCCGGCUGUAUUGAUAUGUGGACAGUGUUCAGCUCCAGCACGGCCAAGGAUGAGACCAGCAAUGCUGAUGUUGUGGGUGAUGGUGAAGAAGAAAACAAGACAGAUAUUACCGGAGGCCAUGCUUAUCUUAUCUUGAGUCGAGCAGAAACCAGCAUGAUUCUUCAGACCGGUCAGGAAAUCAUGGAGUUGGAUCACAGCGGCUUCAGCACGGAGACGGCCACCAUCUUCGCUGGCAACAUCGGCGACAACAACUACAUCCUGCAGGUGUCCACCAACGGCGUCCGCCUUCUGGAGGGAGUGAAACAACUUCAAGUCAUUCCUAUGGACAUGGGUUCGCCGAUCAUCAGCUGCAGCAUUGCGGACCCGUACAUUCUGAUCAUGAGCGAGGAAGGGCAGAUAAUGCUGCUCACACUCAAAGAAGACAGCUACGGCUCGGGGGUCCGACUUGCCGUCAUUAAACCACAGAACCUAACGGAGAACCCCAAGAUCCUGGCAAUGUGUACGUACAAGGACAUCAGUGGUCUGUUCACGACGUCGUCAAUCAAAGGUGAAGAAGAGAGACCAGUGGACAAGCCCAGCAAGUCAACGCUGGAAACGGUCCUGCCAAUGGAUCACAGCACAAUAGAUGACGAGGAUGAGCUGUUGUAUGGGGAAUCUGACACCUCAGUGUUUACGUCAUCCUUUGAUCUCGGCAGCAAGGACAGCGGCAAAGACAAAAAACAAGAGCCACAGGUGCAAGAGGUGAAACCAUCUCACUGGUGUAUCAUCACAAGAGAGAAUGGAGUUCUAGAGGUCUUCACUCUGCCAGAUUUUAAGAUAUGUUACUAUGUGAAAAACUUCCCAGUUGGUCAGAAGGUGUUAGUCGACAGUGUGCAUGUAGCCGACAGCAUUUCAAAACCAAGCAGCAGUAGCAGCAAUGUAUCGAGUGGUGACAAGAACGUCGCAGAAAUACCCGUCGUUCAAGAGCUGCUGAUGGUCGGGCUGGGACACAACAAGACAAAACCUUACCUCUUGGCCAGAGUAGAAAGCACUCUGCUCAUCUAUGAAGCCUUUCCGUUCCAACAAAGUCAGCAGGAGACGUCUGCCUCUGGCCAGAAGGACAACCGUCUUAAAGUGCGCUUCAAGAAGAUCAACCACAGUCUGAUAGCUCACGAGAAGAAGAAAUCGAAGAAGAAAUCGGACGGUGAGGAGAAAGAGGAAGAAUCGAAGAAGCUGUCUAGGGUUACCCAGCUGCGAUAUUUUGAAGAUGUGUCCGGUUACUCAGGAGUGUUUAUCUGUGGCCCGUAUCCUCACUGGCUCUUCAUGACAUCCAAGGGGUCACCACGGAUACACCCGAUGGGAAUUGAUGGCCCGGUGAAGAGUUUCUCCUCCUUUCACAACGUAAACUGUCCACGAGGCUUUCUCUACUUCAACAGACAGGGUGAACUGCGAAUCUGUGUUCUGCCGACUCAUGUGACGUACGAUGCUCCCUGGCCAAUCAGAAAAGUCCCACUGAGAUGCACCCCACUGUUCCUGUGUUACCACGCAGAAAGCAAGACUUAUGCUGUGGUGACCAACAUUCCGGAACCGUGCAAUAAACUGCCGAAAACAACAACAGAUGAACGAGAAUGGGAUGUUUUGGAGAAAGAUGAUCGUAGUAUCUACCCACUGAUGGACCGCUACACCAUGCAGCUGUUCACUCCAAGUUCAUGGGAGGUCAUUCCAAACUGCAGCUAUGAGACAGAGGAGUGGGAGCAGGUAACCGUGUUGAAAACCGUCAUGUUGAAGUCCGAGGGAACCAUGUCGGGCGUCAAGGGCUAUAUCGCCAUGGGAACCAACUUCAGUCUUGGAGAGGAAAAUGUUUCCAGGGGAAAGAUCAUCAUAUUUGAUGUCAUUGAGGUGGUUCCCCUGCCUGGACAGCCACUGACAAAAACACGCUUUAAGUUGAUUUACGAGAGAGAACAGAAAGGCCCGCUGACAGCAUUAGCCCAUCUGAAUGGAUUACUGGUUUCAGCUAUUGGACAAAAGAUCUACAUCUGGUCCCUGAAGGACAAUGAUCUCAGCGGGGUGGCAUUCAUCGACACACACAUUUACAUCCAGACCCUGAACGUGGUGAAAAAUCUCAUCCUGGCCGGGGACCUGCUCAAGAGUAUUACCGUCUACCGAUUCCAGGAGGCACUGCGUGUCUUGUCCAUAGUCAGCAGGGAUGUUAAACCACUUGAAGUAUAUGCUACAGAAUUUCUGAUAGACAACACUUCGCUUAGCUUCUUGGUGUCCGAUCGAAAUAAAAACAUAUUUGUCUAUCAGUAUCACCCAGAAGCGCGCGAGAGUCACGGGGGCCAGAGACUGGUGAGGAAGGCAGACUUCAACAUCGGCUCGCACAUCAACAGCAUGUUCCGCGUCUGCUGCAAGCUGGCCGAUCCCACGUCCGAGAAGAGCAGACUGGCAGCAAAAAGACAGGUCACGUUCUUCGCUACACUAGAUGGCAGUCUGGGCUUCCUGCUUCCUCUGUCGGAGAAGGUCUACCGACGACUCUUCAUGUUGCAGAACGCUCUCACCGUUCACAUACCCCACACAGCUGGACUUAAUCCCAAAACAUACAGAGCAGUAAAGAUGUCGUUCCCGGACUUGUCGAAUCCCCAGAAAAACAUUCUCGAUGGUGAGCUGCUGUGGAAGUUUCUGCACUUGAAUCUGAUGGAGAGAAACGAGCUGUCUCGACGCAUUGGAACCAGCACAGAUCAGAUUUUGGAUGAUCUUCUAGAGAUAGACAGACUGACAGCACACUUCUGAUUGGAUGGUUAACCCAUAUUUAAAUAUUACAGAUUGGUAGCACGCUUCUGAUUGGGUGGUUAGCCCAUAUUUAAAUAUUACAGACUGACAGCACACUUCUGACUGGAUGGUUAACCCAUAUAUAAAUAUUACAGACUGGUAGCACAUUUCUCAUUGGACAGUUAAGCCACAAUAAAUUUAAAUAUUGUGGAAUUAUGCAUCCAGUGUGCUCACUGCUGCCAAGGUUUUGUUGCUUAGAAGCUUUACCACCAAGAUGUACACUACAGUCAGACAAACUCAGUAAAUCUGGUGUGUGUGGAAGACAAUGCAUUAACACCAAGACAAAUUUAAAAUAAAAAUGAACAGGUUUUUUGACUAAGAAAAUUGAAGUUGCUUGUUGUGACUUCGAAGUUGAGCCAUGGUGAACAUCUUACAAUGAGAGAUGUGGCUAGUUCAGAGUCCAUUAGUCAGACAUAUGGUUAAGGAUCACACAGAUAUUGAGAGAGGAAACGUGCUGUUGCCACUUCAUGAGCUACUCUUUUCGAUUAGCAGCAAGGAAUAUUUUAUGUGCACCAUACCACAGACAGGAC